AUGGUCGCGCAACGCCAUGCGCACUAUGCGGAGGAGGCCGCCGAGGUGGAAGUGCUAUUCGCGAGUCUCGACAAGAUGAAGUCGGUGUCGAAGAAAAUCCAGGGCUCGAUGACACGUCUGAAUGAGACCGGACGUACUGUGCAAGAUGCCAUUGGGCCCAUAUACGGCAACACCCAGCGCCUGCAGACGCAGAAUACCAACAUCGACCGCAUCCUCAGCGCGAUAGACAAGGUGAAACAGCCACUGGAUAUGCGCAAUAAGGAGGAGCGGAUACUGAGGAGUCGGCCUGAUCGUGUAGGUCUGUCAGAGUACAUUGCGAGCAUAGAUCGGACGAAUCAAGCCCUGCGCGAGCUCAAGACCUCGAACCUGAGAUCGAACCAGACUGCCAUCUCGGAACUGAGCAGUCUUCUAGCAGUCGGAACAGGGAACCUCGAGAGUGUCUUCCGGGACAUGUUGCGACAAGACUCACAGCCCAUCGAGCCACUGAAGCAAAUCACACAAUCACAGGAGUUUCCACGGAUAGCUUCCAGCAAGUCUGCCCAACUGCGAACUAUCAACACCAACAUCGCGAACUAUACGUCGCAAGUGGCACCAGCCGGCGAUCUCUCCCCGUCUGCCAAAGUGUACGCUCUUGAAAGAGGUCAAUAUUUGACACUAUCACUCCAGAACCUGGCAAUCUCAUGUGCGAACACAGCCCGAAAGGUUUCUGCUGAUGCCAUGUACAAGCCGGGAAGCUGCGCUAUUGGCACCUACGCUCAAGGCAUACAGGGCAUGUACAUCGCCGAGUAUGACAGCAUAUGUCCAGUCUUUCAGCGUGAAGAGUGGGGUACUGUCUUUGAAGCAACCUGCCGCGAAUCACUACGGACUUUUACAAACACAUUACGAGAUCUCGAUGCACACGUCAGGAAUCACGUCAUUACUGACUGCUAUCUUGCUUACGAGAUCAUCGACGUGGUCUCCAGCAUGUAUCUCGAGAUUGAGAACAGGACUGGAGAGCUGAAGGAGGCCAUGUCCAAUGCACUCAAGCCAAUUCGCGAGACUGCAAAGUCUUCCUUGUCGACAUUGCUUAACGACACUAAAAGCAAAGUUACACAGAUGCUACAACUACCUAGUGACGGCGGACCACUCUCAAUUACGACGGAUGUGAUGGCACGGCUGCAAGUCAUGAGUUUCUACCUACUGCCAUUGAGCAGCAUCAUGCGAAGUCUUGGCGAUGGUGGUUGGCAGCGGCAAGCUGAUGUGACGUCGAGCGGUUCUGUACCGACACUCAAGUCAUUCGAUGUCGGGGCUGACGGCAAACAACUCUUCUCGCACUACGCUACUGACAGCAUCGAAACGCUUCUUGGCAGUUUGGAGACCAAAGCAAAGCAGCUGCAGAAGGCAAAAACCUUACAAGGUGUCUUCUUGGCCAACAAUAUUGCUGUGAUUGAGCGUAUGAUCAGAGAUUCUGAGCUGCGAACGCUUUUGGGGAGUGCUCAGCCGAAGGUUGAUAGCUGGAAGAAGAAGGCAACGAACCUUUACCUUGAUUCUUGGAAGAACGACGUCAGCCACUUUCUUCUGGACAUGCAAUAUACUUCUAAGCAAUCUGCACGGCCACCAUCAACCGGCGCCGCUGUCGACUCUGCGGCAAUUUUGAAGUCCUUGUCUAGCAAGGACAAGGACAGCAUCAAGGAGAAGUUUAAGAACUUCAACACUGCCUUUGAUGAGCUCGUCGCGAAGCACAAGACACUUCGUAUGGAGCCCGAAGUCCGCGGACUGCUGGGCAGAGAAGUGCAGAAGUUCAUCGAUCCGCUUUAUGCUCGGUUCUGGGAAAGAUACCACGAAGUCGACAAAGGCAAGGGCAAGUAUGUCAAGUACGACAAAGGCCAGCUCAGCCAGAUACUCGCAGGCUUGGGCUAG